CGGCAAGUCGAGGACCUCCGUUUUGGUGACAAGUCCUUGCUGAAGUCGCUAUGGGUUUCAGGUGACCGAAGUCUGAGGUUUCAGGAAGGGCGGGGUGGAGAAGACUGCUCUGUGUCAACCCAAGGGGACCUCGAGAGUGAAGGAACAGUCUUCUUCGGCAAUGGAGGCGCGAGACAAUUUGCUGGAGAUAAUUCCACGCAUCGACGGGGGAGAAGGACUAGAACCUGAAGUAGGAAAUGGAGAAAGGGUCGGGGAAGAACAGGGAUGCGGUGGAAGAGAAAGAGGAGGAGGAGGAGGAGGAGGAGGAGAGGAAGAAGCAGGAAGAAAGGGAAUAUUAGGAAGAAUAGUUGGAGAACUGCAAGUCAAGCUGCAGUUCUUCUCUCACUUGUGCUCGAAAGCUUUCCAGUGGUACUUAGCGAGGCCGGAAGUCGGUUUCACGUGGACACUCCUGACCACCGCAGCCAACCAGGGCCUCAUCCUCCUGACCACGCUGAGGUUCAGCAGGAAUGACGUGUUUGAGUUCCAGUCACUCGCUCUCGCCUUCCAUGGCGCCUCCUACGUGGCUGUGUGUGCGUUCUCGAGCGAGAGGUUACACAAGCUGUACAACUGGCAAGUAUGGUCUAGUGCCAUUGGGUGUCUCGUGGCGCCCUACAUGCUGCUAGUCCUAAGCAUAAUCCACGCCCUUCGUCUGCGUAAAGCUCGUAAAACAGGCGGAACGACAGUCGGAAAUGAUAGCGUCGGUGGGCCUCAGUCGGUCGACGAGAAGCUGAGCGCCGUCACCUCCCUCAGGAGUCUGUGGGGCGUCUUGGCGGCGGCUCCUCUGGUCUAUCUUCAGAUCACUGUAGCCAACGCCGCGAAAGACAAAGACCUCUACUAUCUCGCCGUGUCCGUGAACGUGAGUUUGCUCAAAGCCUCGGCAGCGCAACUGGGCUCCGUGGCGGUCGACUGGGUCUGGAAAGUGUUCGGGAUCGCGAGUGUGAUGGCGAGUAUGGGUUCUCGCGCUUGGGUGGUGGCGUCCCUGUACAAGUCUCCGGGCCUCUGGCGGUACGCCUGCUGGGCGCCUCUCGCCACCGCGUUCCUGGCCACCUGGCUGGCCCGCUGCGUCUCUCGGCGGACGCUUUUCGUGUCCCCCGUCGACGUCCUUCGGAAAGCCAUCGUCCUACCGCCAGCUGACGCCGAGGGCGCGUGUGGUGCGGCGCCCUUCUUUCUCGCGGCCGCCGGACUCUUCCUGACGAGGCCAUGGAGUGCCGUGAUCCUGCUGGCGGCGCUGACGGUGUGUCAGGGCGGCGGGGCGUGGCUGUGGAGGGCGAUGUUCACCAUGCACGAGGAGAAGGAAGAGGAAGAGGUGGAGGAGGGGUGAUGACCCUCGAGGAUGGUUGGUUGAUACUGAUAAUGCAAAUUAUAAGUGCAAUAUUCAGGGAACAGGAUGCCGGUAAGGGCGGAAUAUGGAACAGUCAG